UGCAGGCGUACAAUCCUGAGCAGCUUACGACACUCAGUGAACACUAGGUGCCUCUGCAUGCUCUAGCAACACACUGCUCAGCUGAAGGGAAGGGAUUCUCGCUGUCUCUCUCUGCUCUAAGCAUCACCUAACAAGCAAAGCGAACAAAGAAUGGGAAAUAAAGCUACCCUUAGCCGGUCAGUGAAUGAAUGGUAAUCUCUCUCUGGAGUAAAGGUUGUGCCGGUCAAUGGUCGUUGCAAAUGAUGGACAUUAAAAAGAUUGACAAAUCCUGUGGAGUCGUUAGUAAAGAGUUUGGAGUUUUUUUCACGCCACAGUGUUAACUGCAGAGAAAAGGACAGAGGGAGAAGGAGAAGAUCAAGCUCAUGUACAUAGUUCUGAAACUUGCAGGUCCUAGGAGUCAGCUAAAAAGCUAGCUGGACAAGCCUUUCGCUCGUUGAGCAGAAGCGAAGUGAGACAUUGUGAGCUUGCCAGCCUUGCACAAAAUUGAAAGGGACUGAAUUUGUAGCACAGAGGGGUCUUUUUUAGCUCUGCAUAUAAUUAGUCCAAACACAAAGGAAGCAACUGAAUGGAGGUUGUCACUCUCUGGAAAAGGGUGGGUAAGACACUUUUUAAUUAAAUUCUUUCAUGAAGAAAGAUUUUUUUUUUUUCUUUGCUGCAGCAUUUAACAUGAACAAAAUCACUAUCAUUUUACCUUUGAAUGUCUGUGAACUUUAAUGCUGCACAGCUCCUGCAUGCUGUAAAGUGAAAUAUUUGCCUCUGUGUUUGUUCUGUUUGCUGUUUUGCUUUGGUUUUCUGGCUUUGUUUUGUUUUGGGGUUUUGGGGGCUUUUUUUUUUUUUUUUUUUUUUCCCCUUAAAUAAAAUAUGAUGUAGAAUUUGAAAAGAUUCAAUGGACAUUCUCAAGCAUAUUUGGAAAUACUCUUGCUAAUGGAUUUCCUUCUUAUUGGUCUCUGUUUAAACUGGCUGCUGAGGAAGCCCCCGGGGUUGAUAUUGUGUACGCUGGGUAUCUUUUCUAAAAUGCUUCCAGCCGUGAAUAGUGGGUGUCCACAGCUCUGUCGGUGUGAGGGCAGGCUUUUGUACUGUGAAUCACUGAAUCUUACAGAGAUGCCUCGCAACCUGUCGGGCAUGAUGGGCUUGUCUCUGCGGUACAACAGCCUUUCAGAGCUGCAUGAUGGACAGUUCACAGGGUUAAUGCAGCUCACGUGGCUCUAUCUGGAUCACAAUCACAUUUGCUCAGUGGAGGGGAAUGCCUUUCAAAAAUUGCGGCGAGUUAAAGAGCUCACCCUGAGUUCCAACAAAAUAACCCAACUGCCCAACACCACUUUCCGACCCAUGCCAAACUUGCGCAGUGUGGAUUUAUCGUACAACAACCUCCAGUCUUUGGAGCCUGACCUGUUUCACGGGUUGAGAAAACUAACAACUUUGCACAUGCGGUCGAACGCCAUCAAGUUCGUGCCAGUGAGAAUUUUUCAGGACUGUCGCAGCCUGAAGUUUCUAGACAUAGGAUACAAUCAGUUAAAGAGCCUGGCUCGAAACUCUUUUGCAGGCUUGUUCAAACUCACUGAGCUGCACCUCGAGCACAAUGACUUGGUAAAGGUGAAUUUAGCCCAUUUUCCCAGGCUCAUCUCCCUGCACUCUCUCUGCUUGCGAAGGAAUAAAGUUACCAUCGUAGUAAACACUUUGGACUGGAUAUGGCAACUCGAGAAAAUGGAUCUCUCCGGCAACGAAAUCGAAUACAUCGAACCUCACGUUUUCGAAAGCGUACCUCACCUCAAAUCCCUGCAGCUGGACUCCAACCGGCUGACCUACAUCGACUCCCGAGUCCUCGACUCCUGGAAGUCCCUCACUAGCAUCAGCCUUUCUGCAAACGCCUGGGAUUGCAGCCGGAACGUCUGCGCCCUGGCCUCCUGGCUGAGCAACUUCAAGGGUCGCUACGACAGCAAUCUGCUCUGUGCCACCCCCGAGUACGCGCAGGGCGAGGAUGUUUUGGACGCGGUGUACGCUUUUCACUUGUGUGAAGACGCGGCAGACCCCACGAGCGUUAACACCCUCUCCCCGGUAACCAACAACAGCGAGCAACCGUUCGGCUACGGCUCUGCCACCGCCACGUACGACGUGCAGGACAGCGAAGGGGACCGCACGACAUACGCCAUAACCGUGACCAUGCCCGGCGAGAACUCGGAGAACGCCGUUCAGAUUCAUAAGGUGGUGACGGGGACCAUGGCGCUGAUUUUUUCCUUCCUCAUCGUGGUUUUAGUGUUGUACGUCUCCUGGAAGUGCUUUCCAGCCAGCUUGAGGCAACUAAGACAGUGUUUUGUAACACAGCGCAGAAAGCAGAAGCAAAAACAGACCAUGCAUCAAAUGGCUGCCAUGUCAGCCCAGGAGUAUUACGUUGAUUACAAACCCAACCACAUUGAGGGAGCCCUGGUGAUCAUUAAUGAGUACGGAUCUUGUUCCUGUCACCAGCAGCCAGCGAGGGAAUGCGAGGUGUGAUUUUCCUUGGGGAUUUAAACAGUGUGCAACCAAAUAACGGCGUGCAGGCAGACAGUGGCACGGGGGGGGGGGGGGUUGCUGUGCUUUGCUGGUGAUUUCUGACGGGCUCCUCUGCCGAAAUCGUUAAGAGGGGCUGUCUCAAAGACUCGAUAUUUUAGCUUUAUUGUGUCUUAAAAAUCUUCAGGACAGUCAAUCUUAAGAUUUCAUAUGCUAAUACUCCCUUUGAAGAUCUGUCAAUAUUCAGGAAUCUGAGAGUGUAAAAAGGUACCAAUUAUUGAUCUUUUGUAAACUAAGAAAACUGUUUAAAAUAAAAAAAAAAAAUAGCAUUUACAGUU